AUGGAAUUUGCCACCGGUGGCUCCAUUGUGUCAGAAAACCCUCAACGGCGUGCGGGACAUGUCAACGAGAAUGCUCGGGUAGUAUUCUGGGUCGACAUCUUCCUGCUUGGCAUCCUCGGUUUGAGUGUCUUGCUUGUCUUACCCCGGGCGCUGGCGCGUCUCUCCGUGUCUUCUGAGCUGAAGCAGGGUCAUUUGAUUUACCGAGCCACUCCGGGCCCACAGACCGAUUCGCAGUCCGUCAACUCAGGUGCGCGUCUGUUUGAAGCCUCUCUGAACGAGAAGGACACGAUAUCCGCUGUCCCUCGUCAUGCCCCCGCGAUGACGACACCGCUACGAUCUCUUACGUCCAUCCUCCGAAUACCGAUAGUAGGCAGGAUCCACCUCGGCGGCUGUCUGCUUCUUCUCGCAUAUUUCGGCGUCCUACUAUUCGCGGCGCUGUACAAGACGAGCCUCUUCACAAAUCCAGUCAGGGCAGGCUACGUAGUGGUGUCGCAGAUCCCAGUCGUUUUCUUAUUCGCGACGAAGAACAAUCUGAUUAGCAUGCUCCUUGGCGUGGGGUAUGAUCAUGUCAAUUAUAUUCAUCGUUUCUCCGGGAGGCUCCUUGUCUUGGCCGGCAAUGUGCACGCCAUCGGUUACAUCUACAAGUGGACUAUGGAGGGGAAAUUCACGGAGACUAUCCAGGAACCCAAGUUUGUAUGGGGCCUAGUGGCCCUAGUCUGUCUCGAUAUCCUCUUUUUUUUCUCUUUGGCAAUCUGGCGCCAGAAGGCAUAUAACGUGUUUCUUGCAUCGCACAUCGUGGGGUUCGUUCUGUUACUGGUCGCGGCCUGCCUCCACAUGUCUGCAUCCAUUCCAUAUGUUGCAGCGGGGGCUGGGCUCUACGUCUUUGAUUUCCUGCUGCGCCUCCUGAAGACGCGUGUCUGCACGGCACGCAUCCAACGACUUCCGGAACUGUGUAUGACCCGCGUUCAGAUCUCGAGGCUUAAUGCGGGCUGGCGUGCCGGCCAGCAUGUCCGCGUGCGCGUGCUUUCGUUCCAGAUGGGGUGGUACGGCUGGUCGGAAGUGCAUCCUUUCACUAUCGCAAGUGCGAGCGACGCGUCGUCCCAAGAGGGUCUGAUCAUCUUGUGCAAGAACACCGGACGGUGGACGCAGAGACUAUACGACAUGGCGCACGAAGAUAGGCGUUGGGAAUAUGGAGGUAAUACCGUUAGAGUGAUGCUGGAAGGUCCUUAUGGCGGCCCCGGAAAUACUAUAAAUGCGAGCUUCUCUGGAGCCUUGUUUGCGGUUGGUGGCGGCGGCAUCUCAUAUGCAUUAUCGGCCGUGCAGGAGCUAGUUCAGCGAGCUGCUGAGCGCACAAGCAGCGUCACAGUCCUUGACUUACUCUGGGCAGUCCAUCAUCCCGAUUGUCUGACACCCAUGGUUCCCGCCUUCACCCAGCUCCUCCUGCAGAGCGCGUCGACCAUGACGACCCUGCAGAUCUCGGUUUUCUACACCCGCGCAGAAACCAUUAAGCAUGCGAUCCCUCUCCUUGAUCUGCCGUCCGGGCUCACGCUCAACUCUGGUCGUCCGCAUCUAUCAGCAAGGCUAGCGGACUUGGUUGAACGCACGUACGCAUCCCCUCAUCUUCCUGGCUGUGGGGAGAAACACAGAGGCGUAUUCAUGGGCGUGUGUGGGCCUGUGGAGCUGGGAGAGUGUGCAAGGAAGGCCAUCGAUGACGUGGAUUCGGGGAUUCAGAAGGCCGUCGGGGGUGUAGAGCUUCACGAAGAGUGA